AUGGCCGACUCUGGAAACAAAGCGCCCAUGAACCCCAUUCCUGAAGUGCCUGCUCUCUCACCACCCAAUUUGGUCCCCUCUAGCGAUUCGACCAUAGAGAUCAAGGAGGAAAUCCCCGAGUGUGGUAGUAUGAGUAUCAGUGAGUCAGAGGUUAGCUACGUGGGACGUGAUCACUGGGCGAUUCUUCUUGAUGGAAUUGCAGAUCUCAAGGUUCAUCUUGACCAUGAGGAGCAGCUUCGACUUUCGAAUACCCCGCCAAGCCAUGGCAGUGAUGAACAUGGGAGUCCCGCUGCACAACCCAAAUCUGGAUAUGCCAUCCUUCUAUAUGGAGAUCGUCGACAUGUUUCUCGGGAGGAAAUUCUCUCAAAGUUACCCCCCAAGGCGUAUGAGACUUUCUGGCGAGAUCAGUCAACAGUGCCCAUCAUGUGGAUAGGCCUCUUGUUUAGCAUGAUCUGCCUUGGAUGCCUGGUAUCCGGUAAAACGCCCGAGCAGAAGGCAGAAAACUUCUCACGCCAGAUCGAGGUUUAUCGGGAAAAGAUCGUUCAGUGUUUGAUACUGGGGGAAUAUACAAGAUCCGGGCCUUACGUUUUGGAAACAGUAAUUAACUACACAUACGCCGAGUUCUACAUUCGACCCGAUUUCGACAAGGAUAUUUGGUUUCUUUUGGCACUGGAGGUCAACUUGGCCAUGCGAAUGGGGUGUCACCGUGACCCCAGCCACUUCCCUGGAAUUUCGCCAUAUCAGGGGGAAAUGCGUCGCCGAUUAUGGGUGUUAAUACUGAUGGCUGACAUAACCGUCUCAAGCCAAAUGGGCAUGCCACGAAUGAUUUCUGACGCUAAAUGGGAUACCAUGGAACCACGGAAUCUGAACGAUACAGAUUUCAACGAGACUACAACCGAGUUACCUCCAUCCCGGCCGCUCACCGAGCGCACCAGUGCACUUGGAAUCAUCGCGAUGAGACGUGCUAUGACCGCACUGGGGGCUGCCGUCGAGCUGACUGACGGAGUAAAACCUUGCAGCUAUGCAGAUGUGAUGCGCGUCGACGCGGCCCUCCAACAGGCGGUAGCCAGUAUCCCCCCGCCGCUGAGGCCACAACCCAUGGCAGCUAGCUUAACCGACUCUCCACAGAUGAUCAUGUCUCGGUUGUUCAUAUCCAAUAAGAUCUAUCAGGGACAGAUUGCGCUGCAUCGCCGUUUUCUCCACAAAAGGUUUAGUGAUGAGGACGAGAACCAAGCCGCAUACUCGCACAAAACCUGUUUUGAGGCUUGUCUCGGGACCCUGGAUAUUCAACGUGUAGUUGAUGAAGAGACCUGCUCCGGGGGUCAACUCUCUACCAUGCAGUUGAGAGCAAACGCGCUAAUGCAUCAUCAAUUUCUCACCUCAACGGUGAUUCUAUGCACAUUGCUUCAUCAUGCACAUCCCGUGUUGCGGGGCUCUGAUAUUCGGGAAACACUCCAGAGAUGCCAAAGCAUUUGGAUGAAAAGGAGCGAGACCUCGACAGAUGCAAAGAAGGCGGCCGAAACCAUCAACUUCGUCCUUACCAGGACACCACCUGAUAGUCAAAAUUAUGGGACUCCAUCCAGUCAAUAUGUGAAAGAACCCGGUGACGGUAAUUCUAAGGCCAACUACGCUCAUAUGAGUAAUGAAGAGAGUCCCGUGUCUGAACUGGACGUGGAAAUGAUGUUGCCAGCCAAUCUUGGUUUAUUCAAUCCUGAGAAUUUUGUUAUGCCUAAUCCUUUUGACAAUUUCCCUACACAAGGCCCCCCCAGUGCAGGGCCCACCGACACAGGACUUUCAGCAAUUCCGAAAUUUCAGCGCCGACCCCAAUAUCAUGGACAGGCGAAAUUAUGA